AUGUUUGGUACCAAUAUUCUUUCCGGGUUGAUACUUAUGCCGCUAUCGCAAGCUGUCUCAUGGUUGCUUAUUUCGCAGCGGUCCAAAAAUUUGCUUCCGAACCUUUUCAAAAUUUCCAUUUUUUACUUCUUCUGGGCUUGUCAUAAUCGGUAUUUGAAGGGAAAUCCAAGUGAAUUGGGCCAGUACAGUAUGGGAUUCUUGGCUCUGACUGCAUUUUUGCGGACUCCUCCGAUGUGUAUGGCCGCUACAGUUGUUGUGAUGGGCCAUUUUUGUUGGCCCCUUUAUACUGCCUUCUCGCAGCCCCUGGAGGAGCUUGCCUUGGACGCCAAACUUUCCAAAAAGGUGGACGCCCUUCUGUGGGCCUGUGUUUUUCGAGCAUAUGUUCUAUCCAAUCUCGCUUUAUGGGGAACUGUACUGAGCAAAUUGGUGACCCUCUCAUCAAAAGGUGUUUUGGACGCACUGCCCAGUCGCUCCAGUUGCGGCUCCCAGGUACAAAUUAAUGUGAAGACACGCUCGUGCACAUGUUUUCUUUUCUCACUACCACUCCGAAAACUUGGAAACUCCGAGAAUGCCUACGCAACAUAA